CAAGGCCCCGAAGAUCUUUAGCUCUGGCCCUAUCAAGGCCACUGCAGGCUGGACUCAGAAUUCAAUAACUCAAUUUCAAGCUGAACACACUGUAUGGCCCUUGUUAUGACCAUCCACGUGACCCCUGGCAGAAAAAAGGGCCCCCAGCCCUGUGAGGGGAGAGGGAGAUGCAAAAGGCACUUUGCAAGCCAGAUUCUGGCUUUCUUACUUUAAGUUUUAAUUUACAUAUUUGAGAGACAGAUACGUCCCAUUUGUUGGCUCACUCACCCAAUUCCCACUUGGCCGGGACGGAGCCAAAGCUGGAGCUGGGAGCCAGGAACUCCACCCAGGCUCCCACAUGAGCAGCAGCAACCAAGUUACUUGAACCACUGCCACGGCCUCCCAGUCUGCAUUAGCAGGAAGCUGGAGCCAGGGAUCGAAUCUAGGUGCUCAUGGUGGGACGCGAGCUUCCUAACGGGGGUCUUAACACGGGGCGAAUGCCCUCCCCCAACUAUUUCUUUCAACACUCGGGGUGUGCACUUGGUGACUUCUCUUUCUCACACUCUGCCUAAGGCAGGGCACAGAACCUGUAAGGCACCACUAGAGCCUAAAGUCCUACUCCUGGAGAACCCCUCUCAGUCCUCAAAGCAGCCACUGACACAGCCUCAUGUUCAGAUGGGGAAACAGGCUGGGAGAGGGCCGGUGCUUCCCCCAAAUCCACAGUGCUGGGAGUGAAGGGCUGUGGCGGGUUCUGCCUGACCCCGGCCUGAGUGGGGCUGGUGUCCGGGCUGAGCUUGAGGGUCGCACCAGCUGCUUUCCCAUCCAUGGCCCGGAACGCGGGCUGGGGGAUCCGGGUCCUUGCUCAAGAGGUGAGGGAAAGCAGCAGAGGAGGGCCAGGUCCAAGGGCCGGGCCAGGUUUGAGCAGGGGUGGACCUGGGCCACCCUGGGGUCUCCAGACAGCUGAGCCGUUUCCUCCUCUAGCCUCUCUCCAGUGGCCCCAACUCUGAGGGGACAAACUGGCCGUCCUCAGGAUUCUGGUGAAUUCUCUGGUGCAAGACCAGGGCAGCUUCUGGACAGGAAGACCAGGCAGGGUCUUUCAGCCCCGCCCCCAACCUCCAAGCAGGGCAGGUGCUGAAGAUUACAUUCAUCACCAACGGCCAGUGUUGUAACCAAUCACACCUGUGUCCCCAGUCGUCCUCCCUAAGAAGCUGAAAGGUCAGGGAGGGGCCAGCGUGUGGCGGCGGUGGGCGGAGCUGUCUGCAGCACUGGCAUCCCAUAUGGGCGCCGGCUCGAGACCCAGCUGCCCCACUGAAGAGCCAGCUCCCUGCGAAUGCACCUGCAGAAAAGCAGCAGAGGAUGGCCAAGUGCUUGGGCCCCUCCUACCCACAUGGGAGACCCAGAAAUAGCUCCUGGCUUCAACCUGGCCAUCUGGGUUGUGAAAGAGAGGAUGCAAGAUCUCUCUUUCCCCUCUCUGUAUAACUCUUUCAAAACAAAUAUUUUUUAAAAAUGAAAGGACAGAGAGUUGCCUAUGAGCUGGACACACUGGAUCCUGGAGGGGGCUCUGUUCCUGCCUUGUACCCCACGCUGGGCAUCCAUGAAAAAACAGGUCCAUUGGCCCGACUCCUGAGAGCUGCUCCAGCAAACUAUCGGAACCCAGGAAGGGCACCGUGGGAGCCCAGCUCAAGGCUGGUCAGCCACAGGUUCUAGCGGCCUGCACUUGCCCCUGACGUCAGAAGUUGGGCCGGGUGUGACGUCAUCGGAUGGCGUCAGGGUGGCGUUUGAGGCCGCCCGGCCCCGAGUGCCAGAGGCCUGAUGGACCUACCGUGGCUGGGGUGCAAUCCUCCCUCCUCGGUGACCAAGGGUCCCGACCCUACUCUUGAUUGUGCUUUGGGAGCGGGGUGGUCUCUGCCGAAGCCGCGCCCGCCCGCGGGAAAAGCGCGGUCUUUGGAAACCCAGCCUGGCGCUGCGCACGAGGGGCCCCGGAGCCCCCCACCCCCAACAGACCCACCGAGGCUGCAGUCCUGGGCCCUCACUGCCGCGGGACACGGAAGCCAGCUCUGCUGCCAACAAGAGCCUUCCUUGCUGGCUAUCUCUACCUAUUGUCACUGUUACUGGAAAAGCUGGGAGACACAGAGCUCUCCCGCCGCCCAGUCCCCUCGCCAAGCUCGUGCGCACCAGGGCUGGGCUCCCACCCUCAGACGGCCCGAGCCCCCACCCUCCACCAACUCGGAAUCCACCUGGGUUCCGGUUACCUCGGGCUCUGCAGGCGGCCUCGGCCCUGAGCCGCGGGGACCGUCUCACCCGGUGCUGCUCCGACAGUUUCCAGAUGGGAAUUCCCAGGGGGGCUGGGAUCCGAGGGUGCCGCGACAGCCCGUGGCGGAAGGCAGAAGGGCGAGACGGGGCUGUGCUCUCGCCAUAACGAACGCAUUCCCGCCACACGGUACCCGGGACCCUCACGGCGGGACCCUCGUGGCCUAGCCGUGUCCGCCAGGCCCCAGCUCCCAACACUGCUGCUGCUGUGAGGAUGACGGUCCCAGCACAGGAACUUCGGGGGACACACAGCCCAUCGCACCCAUCCAGCGCAAGGUGGCACGGACCCAGCUACUUGAACCAGCACUGCUCCUCCCAGAAUCCACACUAACAGGAAGCUGGACCUGCGAGUGGAGCUGGGAAUCCAAGCCAGGGGAAGCCAUGGAGACGUCAGGGUCCUUGUCGCAGUCUCACGACCAUGGCCGGGUCCCGAGAGAGACAUACGAUGGAGACUACGGAGAGACGGGUGUCCAGGAGCAGGACGACCCAUAUGAGAGAGACAAGUCAUCCUCGUCCUCCUCGUCAUCCUCUUCGUCGUCGUCCUCCUCCUCCUCUUCCUCCUCCUCCUCCUCCUCAGAUGGCCCUGGAGAUGUGGUGCCCUUGCAGGAACUAGGACUUCGGAGGAGAGGCUCUGACCCAGCAAGCGGAGAGGUGGAGGCGUCACGGUUGCGGAGACUGAACAUCAAGAAGGACGAUGAGUUUUUCCAUUUCGUCCUCCUCUGCUUCGCCAUCGGGGCCCUGCUGGUGUGUUACCACUACUACGCAGACUGGUUCAUGUCCCUUGGGGUCGGCCUGCUCACCUUCGCCUCCCUGGAGACCGUGGGCAUCUACUUCGGGCUGUUGUACCGGAUCCACAGCGUGCUGCAGGGCUUCAUCCCUCUCUUCCAGAAGCUGAGGCUCAUGGGGUUCAGGAAGACUGACUGACACCACUGCCGGGUGGGCAGCUAAGCCGGGCCCCAGCUGGGCCUCCCCUUUCCUGGGCCCAUGAGGACAGAGAGACCGGAAUCCUGGGAGAGGCCAAGCCAGAGCAAUAAAGAGAGCGCUUUUGCUUCCAUGUGGUCUGAACGUUGGCACGGCCCCGGCCGGGGUAUCGUAUGGGCAGCGUGGGCGCUCGGGGCGGCUGCCUGCAGGGAAGGCGGGGGAGGGUGCGGGACCUGAGCCCUCCCAGCACCUGUACCUACAGGGAGAGUCUGGGAUGUCUGCUCUCUCUCAGGAGGCAGCAAGAGACCCCGGGGCCCUGCUGCACUCGGUCAGGGCCGUGCGGAUUCUCUGAAAUGACCAGGCUGUCCGCGUGGCCUCUGGGGUCCUGAGGAGCCAUUGCGUGGUAGGCCAGCUGAUGCCCUGGGGUCCAGGCUGGGUCCUCUGGGCGCCCUGAUGCUGGUGAGAGGUUGGGGACUAAAACCACAGCUCUGGGCAUCUUCCCCAGCCCCGCCCUCCACCCAGCAACAGCCCUGUUGCCCUGGACUCCAGCAAGAUUCAAAUAAACGUUCUCUUCCCUGUGCUGAAAGCAGCCAGCUAAAUAUCCCUGUAGGUUUCCUGAGCACAAGGACGGGCGUGCUUGGGGUCUCCCCGAAGCCCUGUCCUGUAAAAAGCGUCAGUGGAUACAGCAGCUCACUCUGGCUCCGCGCCUUCAGCUGCACGGGGACUUGGAGACCCUGAAGAGCAGGAUCUGGGGCUGUGGACGCUCAGCUCAGCAGGCAGCACCAGGAGACAAAGGCACAAAGCAGAGUCCAUUGCAAACUUGAGUUACGUUCCUGGAGGCACGGGGUCCAGACCGAAGAGGUGACCGCAGGUCCUGCUUGGCCCUGGCAGGGCCACGCCGAGAGCCAGAGCUCCCAUCUCAAGGCUGCGGGUGGACUAGAGAACACAGACAAGCAGGGACAGAGCGGGAAGAUGAGAAGCCACGGGGAGAUUGACAGCCCUUCAGCUGGCAGAAGAGAAGGUGGGCGCUUCGGGGGCUCGUAGCCUUGCGGAACUGCUCCAGGCACAGACACUAUCUGGCCUCAUCCUCCCUGCGACCUUGAGUCGCCCUCAAUUUGCAUGGGGGAAACGGAGACUCAAAAGGGCUGAGUCACCCCCUCGAGUUCCCGCAGCAAGGAAGCGGCCGAGCUGCCGUGUGACCCGAGCCUGUGCUCUCCUUAUGCCAAGAGCGUGUCACAGAGCUGCCCCGGGCAGAGUGUCCCGGAGGGCGCCGAAGCUGUCCCCCGUGGCUCCCAGCCUGUUGGAUUUGUCAGAUAGAAAGAAACCAUUGUAAUAUUUUCUUUGUUUACUUGAAAGGCAAAAGUGACAGAGAGAGAGAGAGAGAUUCCACCCGCUGGUUCACUCCCCAGAUACCUGCAACAGCCAGGCUUUGGGCCGAGCUGAAGCCAGUGGCCCAGAACUCCACCUGGAUCUCCUGCGUGGGCAGCAAAGACUCAAGCACAAGUGAGCCGUCACCUGCUGCCGCCCCGAAUGUGCACGGGCAGGCAGCUGGAUCAGAAAUGGAAGAGCCUGGACUUGAACCGGCGCUGUGAUGGAGGGAGCGAAUGAUCCAGAUGGGGACUUGCACUGUUGCACCUCAAUGCUCACCACCACCAGCCCACCCCCAACCCCCACCAGCCCGCUGGAAAAAUUUUCUAGAAAGGGAGCACAGGGAGCUGCUGACACUUCACUUUGCCAGCUGAGGACAAUCAAAACAAAAAAGUCGAGUGCCAGCGUCCUUUAUAGAAGGACAGGCUUUGCACCAAGGAGCCACUGAAAUCAUCCGACGCAAAAUGGUUGAAAGUGGAAUAAGCCGGCGCCGUGGCUCACUAGGCUAAUCCUCCGCCUAGCGGUGCCGGCACACCGGGUUCUAGUCCCGGUCAGGGCGCCGGAUUCUGUCCUGGUUGCCCCUCUUCCAGGCCAGCUCUCUGCUGUGGCCAGGGAGUGCAGUGGAGGAUGGCCCAAGUGCUUGGGCCCUGCACCCCAUGGGAAACCAGGAGAAGCACCUGGCUCCUGCCAUCGGAUCAGUGUGGUGCGCCAGCCGCAGUGUGCCGGCCGCGGCAGCCAUUGGAGGGUGAACCAAUGGCAAAAGGAAGACCUUUCUCUCUGUCUCUCUCACUGUCCACUUUGCCUGUCAAAUAAUAAUAAAGUGGAAUAAAAUAAACUCUCUGAAAGUCCCUCUGGUGCCCUCCUCCCUCAGGUCGCCGGAGUCUGGCGAGAAUUUUCUUCUGGAAACUGCAAGACUGGAGGAUUUCUGAGGACUUUCACACUCUCUCGUUUCUGGGAUUUGUCCAACCUCAGCUCCCGUACCCCAUGUGAGGAAUACCUCACUGCUUCCCAAAGCUGCUCGAAUUGCAAAAAUGUUUGACUUGUUCUGAGACUGGCUCUUCAUGGCUUCAGGCUUUCCUUCAGAAGAGGAGAUAAAAAAAUAAUAGUAGAGGAUGAGGUUCUUUAAUUCAUUAACAAAUAAAGAUUGUGUGUCCAUGAUGGAUGGCGUGAUGCCCUGA